CUCAAUGAGCGCAAAGCAGAGGUACGCAUCCAGUUCAGGGAGCUGGCUAUUGACAUCUUCGAGAGCGGAGUCCGACGCAAUGAACUGGUAAUGCGUGUCCAACCGGACGAAGCAGUCUACCUCAAAGUGAUGACCAAACGACCUGGCAUGGAUCUAAUUCCAGAGGAGACUGAACUGGAUCUCACUUAUUCCAAGCGCUUCGGGGUGGGUAUUUAA